ACCAACAGCGCUGCUCUGAAGCUGGGGGAACAAAUAUGGGAAAUUAUCAGCAAAUGUGACACUUUCGGGGAGACUGAAAAAUUCUGUGUGCGUCUGUCAGGGAAAAUGAUCGUCCGUCAGAGUAUCUUUGCAUUCGGGAAUGGAUCUUGACAAAUAGGAGGCAGUAAAAGCCACACGGACCUGGAUUACGGUGACUGCUAGCUCUAGGCCCUUACCUCCCAUGGUACGGUUCGGCUCGGUUUGUGUUUGGUAGGAACCGAGACAGAAGAUGUCCAGGAUUAACACACAGCACACACACCUGAUCCCCCCUCGGAUUGUCCUGCCGGCAACGGGUGUUGGACCCGAGCAAGAUGGCGCAGACAAAACAGAUGUUCGGAGCCCCUGCCCUGCCAUUCUAUUCAACGUAAACAACAGCAACAACAAGGAGGAAGAUGAGAAGAAAAAUAAAAAGGAGAAGAAAGAAAAAAAAGAAAAAAAAGAAAAGAAAGACAAGAAAGAAAAGAAAAAGAAGAAGGAAGAGAAAGAAAAGGAAAAGCAGAAAGAGAAGGAAAAGGAAAAAGAAAAAGAAAAAGAAAAAGAGAAAGAAAAAGAAAAAAAGGAAGAGCCCAAGGAAAUCUUUGUGAUCGACCCAGCGGGCAACAUGUACUACAACUGGCUCUUGGUCAUCACCAUACCUGUGAUGUACAACUGGACCUUGAUCAUCGCCAGAGCAUGUUUUGAAGAGUUGCAGAAUGACUACUUGACCUUUUGGUUCAUCAUGGACUUUGCAUCAGACUUAUUGUAUCUGGCUGACAUGGCAUUCAGGACCAGAACAGGAUAUCUGGAGCAAGGCCUGUUGGUCAAAGAUGAGAAAAAGCUCAGAGACCGAUACAUGGACAGCCUGCAAUUCAAAUUAGAUCUGGGUUCUAUGGUACCAACUGACGUUUUCUACUUAUACUACGGACUCGAAUACCCGGAAAUCCGUCUCAACAAGUUGCUUCGAGUGAAUCGCAUGUUCGAGUUCUUCCAGAGGACAGAGACGAGGACCAACUUCCCUAACGUCUUCCGGAUCUCCAACCUCGUCAUGUACAUCGUGAUCAUCAUCCACUGGAACGCCUGUUUCUACUUCUCCUUCUCGAAGGCCAUUGGGUUCGGAGCAGACCCGUUCGUCUAUCCCAAUGUUUCUGACCCCGAGUUUGGGCGCCUGAUCAGGAAGUACGCAUACAGCAUGUACUGGUCGACCCUGACCCUGACCACCAUCGGUGAAACCCCUCCACCCGCUGAGAACUCGGAGUACUUGUUCGUGGUCAUCGAUUUCUUGAUGGGCGUGCUGAUUUUCGCUACCAUCGUCGGUAACGUCGGCUCCAUGAUCUCCAACAUGAACGCCGCCCGGGCCGACUUCCAGGCCAGGAUUGACGCCAUCAAGCAGUACAUGAGCUUCCGGAAGGUCAGCAAGGACCUCGAGAAGAGGGUCAUCAAGUGGUUCGACUACCUGUGGACCAACAAGAAGGCCCUGGACGAGAGGGAGGUGCUCAAAUUCCUCCCUGACAAGCUACGGGCCGAAGUGGCCAUCAACGUCCACCUGGACACGCUGAAGAAGGUGCGCAUCUUCGCCGACUGCGAGGCGGGCCUGCUGGUGGAGCUGGUGUUGAAGCUGCGCCCUCAGGUCUUCAGUCCGGGGGACUACAUCUGCAAGAAAGGCGACAUCGGCAGAGAGAUGUACAUCAUCAAGGAGGGGAAGCUGGCGGUGGUGGCGGACGACGGCAUCAAGCAGUUCGUGGUGCUCAGCGACGGGAGCUACUUCGGCGAGAUCAGCAUCCUGAACAUCAAGGGCAGCAAGGCGGGAAACCGCCGAACCGCCAACAUCCGCAGCCUCGGCUACUCCGACCUCUUCUGCCUCUCCAAGGACGACCUGAUGGAGGCGCUGACGGAGUACCCCGAGGCCAAGGCCAUGCUGGAGGAGAAGGGGCGGCAGAUCCUGAUGAAGGACGGGCUGCUGGACCUGGAAAUCGCCGCCCAGGGACCCGACCCCAAGGAGAUGGAGGAGAAGGUGACGAAGAUGACGGGCACCCUGGACCUCCUCCAGACGAAGUUCGCGCGGCUGCUGGCCGAGCACGACGCCCUGCAGAUGAAGCUGAAGCAGCGCGUCACCAAGCUGGAGAGGAAGAUCACCGACGCCGGAGGCGUGGUCUUCUCCGAGAUGGCGGCCCGGGAGGCAGCGACUCGCGGAACGGCGGCAGAGGAUCAGAAGACAGAGACAAAGGAGGAAGAGAAAAAGGAGGGAGAAAAGCCAGAAGAGAAAAAAGAGGGAGAGACAAAGGAGGAAGAGAAGAAGUAGUAGCCGUGCAUAGCUGAAUCUCCUGAGAACUUUUUUCUUGUGCUGCUCUUAAUGUGAGAAUGUAAAAUGUAUUCAGUACAUCAGUGUGUAAAAAAAAAUAAUGCUGUAUUUUGCAGAGUUGAAGGGUUAUUUUACAGGGACCACUGAAAAGGAAGAAGGAUGUGUACUGUGGACAGUUCAUUCACGGGACUAACAAGAGCUGUUCAAAAUAACAGAAUACGAGUGAGAAUGAAUGCAGAGAUAGCCUGAUAUUUAUCAAACAUGCUAUCUGGACGUUGAGCAUCACAACCAGUGGAAAAGAAAAAUAUUAUUUUUAUGAUGUAAAAUGUAUCACGUAUUUAUUUUUAAAUCUUCCAUAAGCAUAUGAACGCACACCAUACACUACUGUAACUUUGCCCUGAUCACUUUUUUUUCCUCACAAUAUUCACUUAUAUAUAUAUUUCUUAUUUUACUCAGCCAUUUUCCUCAUUACGCCAUCAUGUUUUCCUCAUAGCAUUUAUUUAGGUACAUCUCGUUAUUUUCCACAUGCAACACCUCAGUCCAUUUUUAUUCAACUUUCCAAAUAAAGUAAAUAAAUUAUGAAUUA